UGGUUGAUGAAAAAACUCCAAAAGACAGCAAAAGUGCAAAGUGAAUCUCGCUGAUGGGCUUAUCAGAAAAAUAAAAUACGAAGAAAAGAGUGUUUUCCCUUGCGGGAAUUACGGUAUCAUUUUGCGUUGGAACUUCUCCACGGUCGAUUGAACCUCGAAAGUCCGGUCGGGCCGCGCGGCGGAAGUUACAUAAGGGCAAUUCAUUGGAACGAGAAAUCGGAAAUCUGGAUUCCAUUUCGUGACAUUCGGAAAAAGAAAAAAAAGUCGACAAAACGAAUCAUUGAAUUAAAAUUUAUUUCCCCCGAAUGCGAGAAGUGGAAUCAUAAAACUCGACCAGCAAAGUGCAAAAGGUGAUUAGUGAUUCCCGGCCGUUUUUGGAAAGUUCUGAGGAUUGCAAAAAAUUUGAUCAGCCGAAGUUGCACCUCCGAAGGAACGUUCGAUUUCCUCCCCAUAUGCAUGCGAUAAAAUAAAGGCAAAAAGAGUACCCCCGCUGCCUCCGCCGCCAGCAUUGACACUGUCCUCCCCGUAUACUGGAAGUCAAUGUGAUACAUUUAUGUUGAAAAAAAAAGUUCAACUGCUGAUUAGCAAGCAAUAGGAAAUUCUCCGGUUUCUGCCUACGUACCAGCAAGUAACUUCGGUACUGCAGGCUUCAUACAUCGAUAGUCAGUGAUUCUAACGCAUCUAGCAGGUGUUCUUCAACUCUCGAUAAGCUAACACACCACUAACUUCCGGCUGGGCUGGAAAGGAUUUGAUUAUAUAAAUUGUACUGAAUUUUGGACAAGUUGGAGUAAAUUUGGCGAAUCAAAAUGAAUCUGCUAAAUUUCGGUAAAACACCAGAUAUCGACAUCGUUUUCGAUGGGUCCGAAAAUCGCCAAUAUGCGGACAUCAAAACCGAAGACGGUAAGAAGGAAAAAUAUCUCUUGUACUAUGAUGGAGAAACUGUCAGUGGCAAGGUGAACAUUACGUUAAAGAAACCGGGCAGCAAACUGGAACAUCAAGGCAUCAAAGUGGAAUUGAUUGGACAAAUUGAGCUGUACUAUGACCGUGGCAACCAUCACGAUUUCCUCAGUCUGGUCCGAGAACUGGCUCGACCCGGGGACCUUAUCCAAAACACUUCGUACCCGUUCGAAUUUGCCAACGUCGAGAAGCCUUACGAGGUGUACGUUGGCUCAAAUGUGCGAUUACGAUACUUUCUUCGAGUGACGAUUGUUCGGCGCUUCAGUGACGUGAUCAGGGAGGUGGACAUUGCCGUGCACACACUUUCCAGCUAUCCGGACACCAACAGUCCCAUCAAGAUGGAGGUGGGCAUAGAGGACUGUCUUCAUAUAGAGUUCGAAUACAACAAAAGCAAAUAUCAUUUACGUGACGUUAUCGUAGGAAAGAUCUACUUCCUACUCGUACGCAUCAAGAUCAAGCAUAUGGAAAUCGCCAUCAUCAAGCGAGAGCAAACUGGAUCAGGUCCCAACAUGUUCACCGAGAACGAAAUCAUUGCCAAGUACGAAAUCAUGGACGGCUCCCCGGUGAAGGGCGAAAGCAUACCGAUUCGGGUGUUCCUGGCCGGGUACGACUUAACGCUGACCAUGCGCGAGAUCAACAAAAAGUUUUCCGUACGCUACUUCCUCAAUUUGGUGUUGAUCGACACCGAAGACCGACGAUACUUCAAGCAGCAGGAGAUCACCCUUUGGCGCAAGGCCGACAAGAUACGCAAAUCGUUGACUCCUUCGCAGGCGGCCGCCAUCGUUUCCAGCCAGGGUGGCCAGCUACCGCCGGGAGCAGUGCUAGGUCAAUCGCAACCGCAGGCCAAUGCCACCAAUCCACACGUUCCGCAUCAUCUGGUCGGGCAGGGUCCCUCGUUACUGCACAAGGAACCUCUGCUUGGAGAUGAUCUAGGUGGAGCCGAUCGAAAAGCCGAUGAAAACAAUCCCAUUAUGGGACUCUUCACUGAAGAUAGCUCCCAGACAGAUGCUCGACCAAAGCCCGCUGUUCGACAGCAGAUUCGCAACGAAAAUGAACAGGAUGACGACGAGGAGCCUUCGUCAAUGGCGGCUGUCCCUAUUGCAGCAUCGAACAACAACAGCGAAGACAGCAGAUCCGGUGCCAUGAAGUCGGUUGAUCUAGGCGCUCCAAUCACGCCGACCAAUGACGCCACGGACAAUGAUGAUCUACGACAACAGCCCCAUCUGCAUCGGGAAGCUGGAGAUGGCGCGGCAUCGAUUUCACACACGACCGACGAAGAAACGUCGUCCCUGUUCGAUGCGAAUGAUUUGAGUUUCAAUGCCAACAGUAAUCCUCCGGCGGCGACUACGGCCGUCAAUAAUGCGUCUGCUGCUCCAGCUACUAGUGAGACCAUUCCUAACCAGACAGCUGAACAAACGACCGAUAACAGUCCGAUUGCCUCGAAACCGGAAGCAGCCCCACGCAGUUCCAAACAGCAGUCGAAACAACUCGAAGAACCGCUGGCGGAAUAAAUCACAACAGCUCUGACAACAAAUGGUAUCAAUCUCAAACAGAAAUCCUAACCCUAGCUCUUUAACUGAAAUUCAUCUGUUGGAAACAUCGAGAACGUCAUCUUUAGCAGGUGGUCGAGACAAAUGUUGAUCGUCGGACUCGGCAGAGACAACAAAACAGGUAAAUUAUAUCUAUAUGUAUAAAAAUAGCCUUUGAAAAUUGAAACUUACUAAGAAAGUCUGCUAUAGGAACGAAAGUGGCAUCGUGAGUCACGUGGUGUUUAAAUUUUGUUUUCUCACAUUUAUGGAUUCCAUUUCUAAAAUCCACACCCACAUAAAUAUCGGAUCUAUUGUUGAAUAGUUGGAAAGUAUCGACAUGAGUACUUUUACACACAUUUGAUUAUUGAAUUAACGAUCACUAAUUCCAUUUUUCAUCCAGUCAUCGUAAAAGAAUUUCAAAGUAUAUAACAUCAAAAUAGAGAAAAAUCUAUUCACCGCAAGCUGCGCGGAAUAAGAAAAGUGCAAGCACCGAACUAGGAAAAAUUUACUCUAAAGCAAUUUUUCGGCGUCACAGUUUUCAUUUAUCAAAGACAGGAAAUUAUAAGUUUCUAAAUAACUGCAGCAGUCACUUUCAGAUAUUAAAACUUGUUGAGGUUUAUUUGCGAGAUUUAGCUUUUUUUCACAAAAAUCUGGAAGGAGUUUAGCCUCUAGUCUAAAUCUCAUCCAAAAUUGGCAUCGUUUGAUGAAACUGUGCAUGCGUAGACUGUAAGAUUGUCAAAGGAAAAACUUAUUUCGUUCUGCGUAACAAUAUAUUCUUUUCUGUUGAUCGUCAUUAUUAUUAAUAUAUCAUGUAAACGCUAUUGAGAGCCCCCCCUCUAUUGAACUAUAAGCUAAGAUGAGCAAAUAUCGUGUUAAUAGUGAAAAAAAAAACACAAACGACGACCCAGAAUACGUGAAAUUUUUAAGUUGAAUAUUUGGGCAAGCAAGCAUAACGUAAAGGUAACGAUCGGAAAAUAAACCCCUACUCUCUGUAGGGAUUUCAUUUUCCCAAGAACGAUGCUGCUGAUGACAAGGUUUGCGUUAUCGGAUGCGAGAAAAGUAUCAGAACUGAGGGUUGUUCCAUCCAGGCUAGUAGUGGCUGACCAUUCACAGGGUUAGGCUCUAAUCGUUUGAUGGAACAAUAUGGAACGAGAAGAUGGUAAACUGCGGUAAUCGAAUAGUGGAUGAAUAUAUUAUAUUGAAAAAUAAAGUUAUGUAUAUCAAA